GAGAAGGAGCGUCGCCAUUUUGGUUCUGAAGGGGGGCCUGCUGUCACCACGUGAAGGCGAGGAGCCCCAGACAGCGAAGUUCUGGGGGAUUUUACGAUACGGCGGACAAUCCGGCUAGAGGAUCACGCAUUCCGGUUCAUGACCAGAGCAAAGUAAGGGGGAUCAUCACUCAAUAAGAACAAUGCCCUCGAUAACUCUGCCGCCGAAGGAGAACGCUCUCUUUAAGAGAAUAUUGAGAUGCUACGAACACAAGCAGUACAGAAAUGGGCUCAAGUUUUGCAAACAGAUCCUGUCCAACCCAAAGUAUGCCGAACAUGGAGAGACCCUAGCAAUGAAGGGACUGACCCUGAACUGUUUGGGACGAAAGGAGGAGGCAUAUGACCUAGUCCGGAGAGGUUUACGAAACGAUCUGAAGAGUCAUGUCUGUUGGCACGUGUACGGUUUGCUUCAGCGCUCCGAUAAGAAGUAUGAUGAGGCCAUCAAGUGCUACAGAAAUGCUCUUAAAUGGGACAAAGACAAUCUGCAAAUCCUCAGAGAUCUCUCCCUGCUGCAGAUUCAAAUGAGAGACCUCGAAGGUUAUAGGGAGACCCGGUACCAGUUACUUCAGUUACGGCCAGCUCAGAGAGCGUCCUGGAUUGGUUAUGCCAUUGCGUAUCACCUUCUGGAGGAUUACGAAAUGGCAGCUAAGAUUGUUGAAGAGUUCCGCAAAACACAACAGACAUCUCCAGAUAAAGUGGAUUACGAGUACAGUGAGCUCUUGCUGUAUCAGAAUCAGCUGUUGAGGGAAGCCGGACUUUUCAAAAAAGCUCUCGAUCACCUGACCAACUAUGAGAAACAAAUCUGUGACAAACUGGCUGUAGAAGAGAUGCGAGGAGAACUGCUGCUGAGAUUGGAUCGGGCUGGUGAAGCUACAGAGGUCUAUCACCGACUGCUGGAGAGAAACCCUGAGAACUGGAGCUACUAUCAAGGGCUGGAGAAAGCACUCAAAACAAAGAGUGCAGAAGAGAGGCAGAAAAUCUAUGAAGAUGCUUGGGUUAAGUAUCCUAAGGGCCUGGUGCCAAGAAGACUUCCUCUUAGCUUCCUCACUGGUGAGAAGUUCAGAGAGUGUUUGGAUCGGUACCUGAGAAUUAACUUAAGCAAGGGAUGCCCGCCUGUUUUUACCACGCUUAAAUCACUGUACCCUCACAAAGACAAGGUGGCUAUAAUUGAGGAAUUAGUUUUGGGCUAUGAAAAAAGUUUGAGGACCUGUAGAAUGUUCAACCAAAAUGAUGAUGGGAAAACUGAGCCUCCGACUUCCCUACUCUGGGUUCAGUAUUUCCUGGCCCAACAUUUCAACCAUAUCCGCAAACAGACCCUUGCUCUCGAAUACAUCAAUGCAGCCAUCGAAAGCACCCCCACACUCAUAGAGCUCUUCCUCAUCAAGGCGAAGAUCUAUAAGCACUCGGGUAACAUCCGUGAAGCUGCUCGCUGGAUGGACGAGGCCCAGGGUCUCGACACUGCUGACCGCUUCAUCAACUCCAAGUGUGCCAAGUAUCUUCUCAAGGCCGGUCUCAUCAAAGAGGCAGAGGAGAUGUGUUCCAAGUUUACACGGGAAGGCACCUCUGCAGUAGAGAAUCUGAACGAGAUGCAGUGUAUGUGGUUCCAGACUGAAUGUGCGCUGGCCUACAAGUCUCUAAACAAAUAUGGAGAGGCACUGAAAAAGUGCCAUGAAAUUGAAAGACAUUUUGUGGAGAUAACAGACGACCAGUUUGAUUUCCACACAUACUGUAUGAGAAAGAUGACGCUGCGCUCCUACGUGGAUCUGCUCAAACUGGAGGACGUGUUACGCGUGCACCCUUUCUACUUCAAGGCAGCACGCACGGCCAUCGAGAUCUACCUCAGCCUUCACGAUAACCCACUCUCUGACGACAACAAGGAGUCUCAGGCUGACAAUGCAAAUCUGACGGACAAGGAGCUGAAGAAGUUGCGUAACAAGCAGAGACGUGCCCAGAAGAAAGCCCAGUUAGAGGAGGAAAAGAAGAACGCUGAGAAGGAGAAACAGCUAAAGAACCAAAAGAAGAAAAAGGAAGAAGAUGAGGAAGAAAUCGGUGGACCUAAAGAGGAACUCGUACCAGAUAAGCUGGCAAAAGUUGAGAAUCCGCUGGAGGAAGCAGUGAAGUUCUUGACUCCCCUGAAGAAUUUAGUAAAGAAUAAAAUAGACACACACCUGCUGGCCUUCGAGAUCUACCUCAGAAAAGAAAAGUCUCUUUUGAUGCUGCAGUCGGUCAAGAGAGCUCACUCAUUGGACCCUGAUCACCCCUGGCUUCACCAGUGCUUGGUGCGAUUCUUCAAAGGAGUUUCAGACAAUAAGGACAUGCCGGAGGCAGUGCAGACGGUUCUAAAACAGGAGAUCACAAAGCAUUUCGGAGAGAGUGACCCAAAAACCUUCAACCAAAACUUCCUGAGCAAGCAUGUCAUCUCUAUACCACACAGAGUUGCAGCUGCUAAGAUGAUGGUCUAUCUGGACCCUUCCGCUGAGGGGAAAGCUGCUGAGCUGGCUACCUCUUUAAAUGAGUCCUUAACAGGCAGAACCGUUCAGAUGUGCACAGAGGUGCUCCAGGCUUUAAGGGACAACGGUCUGGGCUCACAGCCGGAGAAAAUUAUCGAAUCAUACCGUGCGUCCUGCUACGGUCUCUACCCCUACGCCCUGGCCUUCAUGCCCCCUGGUUACCAGGACAACUCCGUGGUGACCACAAAUGGAGACGUGUCAUCCUGCGACCACGAGGACAUGCCCAAUGAGAUGUGAGCAUUUCAGGACGGAGCAGGGAGGCCGUUUUAUGGCCAUCUGCAUUUUGAGACCAGACGCCCCACGGAGGUCGAGACUACUGCACUAUUGAGACCAGUUACCUUCCACUUUCGCUUCCAACUCACAGGAGCGAACGAGCAAUAGGGGUUAAAACCUGUUUUACUCCUUUUUUUUCUUUUUUUUUAUAAAUACGGCCAACGGCAGUUCUUACGCUAGAACAGAACAAACGGUAUUACAGAGAAAGUGAAUGAUUGAUAAUGACGGUCACAAUGAACUGUGAACUCAUCGGACCUAGCUAAUGUUUGAGACUGCAUUGUUUCAUGUUUUUAAGAGUAAUUUAUAUAAAAGAAUAUUAAAGCGAGCAGAAUAAUAUCAAGAGGAGCAAUACUUCUGGUCCAGGUUUGACUUGCGUGGUCAUGUGCCAAACCUGUGGGGCAAAGCUUAGAUGCAGAUAACGGCACCUGUUGUUGAGGGUACUGGGGGGGAGGGAUGGUCAGGGUGAGUGUGGCAAUGAAUAAACGUGACAUUGUGCCCAUUGUGUUGCUGAGCACAAAGCAGUUCCAGGAUCAGCCACCAGGGGAGCCAGCAGUCAAAGCCCAAAGGCUUUCGGGAGGAAAUGAUGAAGCUCGGCCAAUAAACUGAUAACAGAGCUGAUUGUAAGGUCACCCGGCGUGCUGAGCAGAGGCAGACAUGCAUCUCUGUUUCUCUUUCAUCCUCUGCUGCCUUUAGGUUAUUCAGUGAAUGUCUCGGAGGCUGAGUGUUUUUUGAGCCUGUAGGACAUGUACUGUGACUGUUUAUUUUGGGUGAGUUUGGCUUAUUUUAUUUCCUCCCACUCACUGUUUGGGAUCUCUCAUGCUGGUUUCAACCUUUCUGUUUGAUUUUUUCCCGAUAACACAAGACUCAAAGAUACCACUGUCUGGAUUCUGAGAACAUGUUUUGUCAUUUCACACUCGCACAGUUACAAAUAAAACAAAAUAACAGAACUGUG